AUGGCGUCGCCCAAGGUGAGCGAGGCUCUGGCCCAGAUCGCCGCCUCGUCUGGCGACAAGGGCCCCGCCUUCGAGUCCCUCCUCGGCAACAUCAAGAACCUGUCCUCGCCCAGCACGGUCGAGCAGGACCUGGCCAGCAUAGUAGACGCCUUCCUCGGCGGCGGGGCGGCGCUGGGCAUCGUGGCCACCCGGUCCGUCCUGACGGCCUUCAUCGCCACCCUCAAGCAGCUCGACAACCACGACCUCUGGAUCGAGGCGGGCCGGCACGCGCUGCGCCAGCUCGAGGGCAACGCCCAGGCCGCGCCGAGCUACGUCGAGCAGUCGGCCGCGCUGCGGGAGCUCAUCGCCACGGCGCACGAGCACAACGACGACUUUGAGGACGCCGCCAAGGUGCUGGCCGAGAUCCCCAUGGACAGCAGCCAGCGGCGGGUGGGCAACGAGGAGAAGGUGCGCGUGUGGAUCCGCAUCGUGCGCGACUACCUCGAGGUCGACGACAGCACGGCCGCCGCGACGUACCUCAACAAGCUCAAGAACGUCAUGCACACGGUCGCCGACCGCGACCUCAACCUGCACUUCAAGCUGUCGCAGGCGCGCAUCAACGACGCCCAGCGCGAGUUCCUCGCCGCCAGCCAGGCCUACCACGACAUCAGCUUCAGCCCGGCCAUCGCCGACGAGGAGCGCCUGCACACGCUCGGCAUGGCCGUCAAGUGCGCCGUCCUGGCCCCCGCGGGGCCCGCGCGCAGCCGCGCCCUGGGCCGGCUGUACAAGGACGAGCGGUCCCCGUCCCUGCCCGAGUUCGGCAUCCUCGAGAAGAUCUUCCUCGACCGGCUCCUGGCGCCCGACGAGGUCGACAAGUUCGCCCAGGCGCUGCAGCCGCACCAGCUCGCGCGCACGGCCGACGGGUCGACGGUGCUGGCCCGCGCCGUCGUCGAGCACAACCUGCUCGGCGCGUCGCGGCUCUACAGCAACAUCGACUUUGACGCCCUGGGCCUGCUGCUGGGCCUCGGCGCCGACAGGGCCGAGGAGACGACGGCGCGCAUGAUCGAGCAGGGCCGGCUCGUGGGCCGCAUCGACCAGAUCGACCGCGUCAUCUGGUUCGAGGGCGGCGAGGCGUCGGGCGAGAAGGGCAGCGGCCGCGCCGAGGUCGUCGUCGGCAAGGAGAUGCGGCAGUGGGACGCCAACGUGCAGGGCCUGGCCGAGGAGCUCGAGAACGUCACCAACGCCCUGCAGCGGGACUUUCCGGAGUUCGUGGCCGCGAAUCUGGUUGUAUGA